AUGGAAAGACGGGUUUAUAUCGUCGCGGCUCUUGCAGCUCUCCUCUGUCUAGCGCACUUCGCUCCGCGCGUUGCGGAGGCGGCAGUUGCGCCUCCGACGAAGGCGCAGCUGAAGGCGGAGCUGGGGAAGCUGGCGGACAGCGUGGCGCAGAAAUACCCGCAGUACUCGAGCUACACCAACACCGUCAAGAAGUAUAUCGGCCUUGCGCUGAAUUCAAAAUAUGACCUAUCAGCGCUCGCCAAUGCGACCAUCCUCAUCCCCACUAACACCGAGGCCGAAGCCCUCCUUAAGAAGCUCCCCUUUAAGGCAUCCAACAUUCCCAAGAUCUACAACAUCACCGCUUUCCACAUCUUACGCAUAAGACGCAUUGUGCCGCAAUUCAAAGCCCUGAAGCCCGGGCAGGCCGUGGGUACUCAAUUGAAGCAGGCUCUUUACAAGAUGAAUCCGUUAAAUGGAGCAAAAGUGUCAUUUGGGAAGUCGAGAAACGCGCCGGCAGCUGCAUGGACUACAGUUCUGACUCCAAGGAUUUAUGCUGGGCCGUAUUUUAUCGCACAUGGCGUCAACAAAAUAUUGAUCCCAUCUGGCACCAGGGUGUGA